CUGUCAUCACUUUUGAAUACAAGAUUCAAGAAUCAAACCGGGCUCUCUCUGACUAAAGAGCAUUUCGAUUAUUUACACAAAAAACUCAACCCCAACCCACUUACGAACCCUGGAGAUGAUUUGAUUUCAUUUUCACAACUAUGUCAGAGUCCAUUACCGGAUCAAGAAUUCACGUUCUACGCGUGGUUUCAUGGCAUCAUGAAAUUGAUUCAAAACCACCUUCGUAAUCAGUGGCAAGCAGGACUUAUAAUUGGCUUCAUUGCAAGAGAGGAAGCUGAACAAUUACUUUUAAAAUGUACGCCAGGCACAUUUUUACUGCGAUUCCCUGAAUCUGUAAUUGGUGGUGUAUCCGUUACGUCGGUGCAGAAAAAUGAUGAAGGACAACUCGAAGUGUGCAUGUAUGAACCACUUUGCCGAGAAGAUCUAGAUCGUCGACGAACAAAAUUUUCUGAUGUUAUCCAACAAUCAUCGAAAUGGACACAUUUAUACCCAAAUAUUCCAAAAGAGAUAGCAUUCUCAGAUGAUUUUAGCUGUGAUCCUAGAAUUGAAAGUUCUUUUUAUUGAACAUUUUUUUCACCCAUCCUGAAGACCAACUAUCCUUAUAUCAACUAUCACCAACUAUCCUUUACGGAAGCGAGAGCUGGGUCGAUUCUCAAAAUUUAAUUCAUGGAUUGGAAGUGGCUGAUAUGAAAGUUUUGCGAAUGAUUUCUGGAUGGGAAAAUCGUAUCAGAAAUGAAAGAAUUCGAGAUGAUUUGAAUUUUGAGUCGGUUGAAGAUGUAGCAGUCUAGAUUGAGAUGGUUUGGUCAUGUCCAAUGUAUGAAUGAGUCUCGUUUGCCAAAGAAGGUUUUGUAUGCUGAUGCCAAAGCACGACGAUAAUGACAGCUCGGCAACGCUCUAUCAGAGAUUAGUACCGCUGGCAACCGCAGAACUAUAUAGCAUCAUAUGGAGUCAUUUGGUGGCGCUGGCAAGCAAUUUUGCCUUAUCGUCAUGCUUUGGCUGAUGCAGAUGGACCGAGAAAUAGGAGAAGACCUCGUAGACGUUAUUUGGAUUCGGUUAAAUGUGAUUUGGAUGUUAGAGGGUAUGAUUGGUGUAGAGAAACUCAAGACCUGGCUCUCGAUAGGGAAGUUUGGAGAGGAAUUGUUAGAGAAAUUUGAGUCUAGUCGUUUCGUAAAAGACCACACACCGAAAGGUACAAUCGGUCUAUAAAUGAUUGUUGUAGUUGUUGUUGUUGUUGUUGUUGUUAUCCUGAAGACCAUUUUUUAAUCUUCACUCAUGGCAUAGUCUGAUCAA